UGAGUUCACCUCUUUAAUGACAAUUGCAAGCACACGGUAUACUCAUGUAUAUGGGGUGAUAUCGAUAUCACCCCAUAUCACUCUGGAAUAUCCGUUAUCGCGGUGUCAAAAGUCUUUGAUGUGGCCACAAACUAUGCAAACCAGCUAGGCUCUGGGCACUGGGUCAACAAGUUUCGCCGAUUUCGAGUUCACCUCUUCUAUCUGUGUUUCGUUACUAAUUAAGCUAGCUAAAAUGCAGCUCUACAUAAAAACACAGCCCACAUCCAAGUUGUCAGUCGAUUAUCAUCUGGAACCCAGUAUUUUGCCACUUGAAAUUGAGGAGAAUGACACAAUUGAGUGUAUUAAAGCAAUAAUUCUUGGGAAAACGGGAAUCCCUUCUCAGCUUCAAGUCAUCUACUUUGAUGCAGAAAUAUUGCAGAAUGAGAGGACAUUGCACUCCUACAGCAUAACAAAUGAAUGUACACUGCUGCUACUGUUUACAGCUGAAAUAUUCCCACUUCGACUGAGGCCAGCUUUUGUGAGAAAAACAAUUUAUAUCGAAGCAUUUGAAGAUGACAAAAUUAUGGACAUAAAAACACUUGUUUUGAAAGAAGAGCACAUUCCAUUGCAGCCAACACACCUUUUACUGAAUGGUCGAGAAUUAGAGAGUGACAAAAAACUGAGUGAAUACGCUAUUCACAGUGGGACAAAGCUCUCUUUGGCAAUGAAACUUGUCACCAAAGAAAUUAAUGUCACAGGAAAGCAGCUAUAUCAUACGGAAAAUAAUUUUUUUACAUUUCAAUACGUCUCAAGGAAAGAUGCAUUUCGAUUCACAAUAGCAAAAACGACAGCCAAAGAAAAUCUUAAGAAUUUAAUCAGCUCGAAAACAGGCAUCCCAAAAGGUCAGAUAUGCUUUUUCUAUAAUGGUUUUGAUUUAGACGAAAUUCACGCGUAUUGUGAAACUGAAAUAAUAUUAAAAUGUGUAAGAAGAGAACCAGACUUAAUGAGGAUUGUCGUAAACUUUAGUCAACCAUUCAAACACAGUGAGUCAAGGAUAAGCUUGCACCCAUUGGUCAAUCGACACAAUAGUCUUGAAGAAAUAGACAAAGUGUUAGUACACAAAUUGAGCUCAGUGGGCUAUAUUUCAGAUGACUACAUACCAUCAAUUCGGUCUGAUUUUAAAGCGACAGAUUACAAAGGUGCCCCUCUGACAAGUGAAACACUUACAAUGCUGUAUCCUAGACAGAAUAAAUCACUCAUUGAUUACGAAGUGACUGAAGGUUCUGAACUAUUUUAUUAUGCCAAUGUGCGGGGUGGAGGAAUUCCUGUAUAUAUAGCACUCGGAUCUACAACGACAAAUUAUUAUGUGCGUGAAGAUGAAACUGUAAAUGGCUUGAAACAUAAAAUUGAAAAAAAACAAGGUUUUCCAAUAGCUAGACAGCAGCUUGCAUAUGAAGGAGGUCUUCUUGAUGAUGCAAUGAAAAUAAACGAAUACAAUAUCGGUGGAAAUAGCGUAAUUCAAUUAUUGCUGAAGCCCCAGAAGGGAGCUUUCGAAAUCAGUGCAUAUUUGCCAACAGGAAGAGUGUUACGUGCAGAUGUUAGCCCAGAUGACACAAUUGCAAGGUGUAAGAAGCGAAUUGCAGAAGAAGAAAAAUUAGACCCUGAUAGCUUUAAUUUGGUUUACUUAAAACGAAGAAAACUAAGUGAAUCAGGAACCGUUUACGAGAAUAGUAUUCGAUCAGGCACUCUCAUACACGUAGUGUCUAAAAGUGGAACAAUCAAAAUUAACGUUCAUUCUGUAGAUCACAAAAUAUUAGGAACAGUAUACACAAAUGACGACGAAACAGUAUUGUCACUCAAAGUACGGAUACACAUGGAAAUCCCUGGAGUUCCCCUCCCAGGUAUGCAACGAAUAUUACAAGGAGAUACACUUUUAAAUGAGAGUAUGCUGCUGAAACACUGCUUCAUAAAAGAUGAUGGCAGUUUAACAGUAAGCACAUUAAAGAAAUUGUUUAUUGCAACACCUAAUGGAAGCACUAUCAAAGUUAAAGUUUAUCAGGACGAAAAAAUUUGGUCUGUUAUGAAAUGUAUUGAAAGGGAAACCCAAAUUAAAUUUGAAAAUCAACAACUAACUUAUCAAGAUAAGAUUCUCAAGAAUGAGCAAAUCAUUGCAAGCUGUAACUUUGCUGUGGAUCCAAUGCUACAACUAAAUAUUUCUGAGCAUCCAAUGUCUAAAGAUUGUACUACAAUCAGUUUUACGGCUAACAACAGUGCACCACACGACACACAAGCAAUACCCUCUGUGAUUGUGAAACAAGGAGAGGAUGUUAUAGACUCAUUACGGAUACAGUAUGAGCUCACAUACAGUAAUCUGGAUGCGGAAAUUGAAACACAAGACAUGCCCUACUUGGCCAAAUAUUUCGACAACGAUCGGAAGUAUUUUGAACUAUUAGGGCUGAACCCGUCAGAGCAGAACGACAUUAAAUUACGCACAGCAACCUAUGAUACACGAACAGCAAUGAUACAAGCUCUAGAACUUUGGAAGAAACAUAAUCCUUAUGCCGCUACACACAGAAAACUAAUCAAGAUGUUUAUAGAAAUGGACAACAGAGAAGGAGCUGAUGGAGUAUGCAUAUAUUUGCGGGAUAAAAGUGGAAUUAGACAUAUUCAAAAUGUAUCUUACAACAAAAAGGCUGAACUGGAGAAAAUACAUGAAAAAUUUAAAUAGGCAUUAAUGAUAAUUAUUAUAUACAUGUACGUGUUAAAUUUAUGACCGAACAAUUUAUAAUUAUUGCAUGGUAAAA